AUGCCACACACAGGUCAGGCCGGAGUCAAUCAACUGGGUGGAGUUUUCGUCAAUGGCAGGCCGUUACCAGAUUGCGUACGAAGAAGGAUCGUGGAGCUUGCCCUGUUGGGUGUGCGACCUUGCGACAUAUCCAGACAGUUGCUGGUGUCGCACGGUUGCGUCUCGAAAAUACUGACCAGAUUUUAUGAGACGGGAUCCAUCCGACCCGGAUCUAUUGGGGGAUCCAAGACCAAGCAAGUUGCGACGCCUACGGUGGUGAAGAAAAUAUUGCGAUUCAAACAAGAAAAUCCGGGAAUGUUCGCUUGGGAAAUCAGGGAACAGCUAAUUGCCCAACGUGUAUGCGAACCUCACAACAUACCUUCAGUCAGUUCGGUCAAUCGGAUCUUAAGAAACAGCGGCGUUUGGCCCGAUCCUCCGGAAAUGCUACACCAUCCCAGAACUUCACACACCGAUACUAUAAUGGGAACAGACAUUUACACAAAAUCUUCUUCGGGUUUGAACCCGGGUUUGGCCUACUUCCCGGCCAUCCACGAGUCAUCAUCCUACACGACAAACAAUAGAUUAUCAACGCUGCAACAUCAGUUGCACGUAUCAACAGGACCAAUAAACCAUCAAACUGCUUCACACCCCGCUUGGUCGAACCUUAUCAUUCCGUACCAGCCUACCAAGCUGGAAAGCAUACACAUCAAGGAAGAAGCCAAAGAGGAGAUAACGAUCACCGACGACGAAAACAAGGAGGUAAAGAAAAAAAAUCCGUACUCCAUUGAGGAAUUGUUGAAGAAACCUACCAAGAAAGCUAAAACGUUCAGCGAUGUCUACAUGGGAGUACAUCAGCCGUUUGGUGUGUUCGUGUCUAAUGAAGAUUUCAUUGAAGACAAAUAUCAAAGCAGCAGCAACAGCAGUAGGAGCGGGAGUGAGUGCGAUGCCGAUUCGGAAAUAAAAAUUGAUGUGGAGUAACUAUUUUAAAGAAAAUGUAGUUGACCUUAAAACAGUAAUUAGUUAUUUUGUUACCUGCCACAUAUCGAAGGUAAAUGUACACCAAAUAGACUGACCAGCCGUACUGUUUUGUGUUUUAUGUUUUUGCCAUAGUUUUUUUAAAGAUGUAUUAAAUUAAAUAAUCGGGGUUUAAUAGAUCGUAGUAUAGCCCUACGAUUAUAUUGUAUAUAUUAUUUGUUAAGUGUUACAUUCAA